AGCCCGGUGCGCAACGACUCCAUUCCACAGUCUAUCCAGACUACUCUGUCAACCUCAUCUUCUUACCUUGGGCAUCUCUGACUUGUGCAUUUGGCUUUACAAGACAAUGAGCGGGGAUCACGGUGAAAGAGACUCGCAGGUCAAUUCUGGGUCUCGAGCCAAUGACGCUCACAAACACAAGGACAAGCACAAAGAACACAGGCGCAAAGAACACAAGAAAGACAAGGAGAGAGAUAAAGCCAAGCACAGCAGCAGUGAACACAGGGAGCACUCUGAGAAGAAGCACAGAGACAAGGAGAAGGAGAGGUUGAAGCACAGCGACGGGAGUGUCGACAGGCACAGGGAGAAACAGAAGGAGAAAGACAGAGAGAAAAGAGAGGUCAAAUCCUCCCAUGUUGAAGGCAAGCCCAAGAAGGAGAAAGAAAACGGUCAUGCGAGGGAGAUGUGGAACAGCCCCAGCCCUCCUGCCAUUAAGAGUGAACCAGAGGAGGACAACGGCUUGUACCCCUCUCCCAAACACAACAAGACUCUGAAGAGAGAGAGAGAYGAGGAGGAAUUUGAAUACAAGCCCAAAAAGAUCAAGACAGAGAAUGGCAAGAAGAGAAAACAGGAGGAAGAGGACAUAAAACCCAAGAAGAAGACAAAAGACAAGAAAGCUGGAGCGGAUGGCAAGAAAGCCAAGAAGGAAACAGAGGAGAAGUGGAAAUGGUGGGAGGAGGAGAGAUCUACUGAUGGCUCCAAAUGGAAGUUUCUGGAACACAAGGGACCUGUUCUUGCUCCUCCAUACGAACCCCUACCUGGCCAUGUCAGGUUUUUCUACGAUGGUAAGCUCCUGAGACUAAGUGCCCCUGCAGAGGAGGUGGCUACGUUCUUUGCUAAGAUGCUGGACCAUGAGUACACAACCAAGGAAAUGUUUAGGAAGAACUUCUACAAGGACUGGAGAAAGGAAAUGACAUCGGAGGAGAAGUCAAAGAUCACAGAUAUAAACAAGUGUAACUUCACGGAGAUAAGCGAGUACUUCAAGGCCCAAUCAGAGGCCCGGAAACAGAUGUCCAAAGAUGAGAAACUGAAAAUCAAAGAGGAGAAUGAGCGUAUCCUCCAGGAGUAUGGUUUCUGUGUGAUGGACAACCAUAAGGAGCGAAUUGGAAACUUCCGYAUCGAGCCUCCCGGUCUGUUCAGGGGGCGUGGGGACCACCCAAAGAUGGGCAUGCUGAAACGCCGCAUCCGCCCUGAAGACAUCAUUAUCAACUGCAGCAAGUGAGUCUCCCCAUCUUCAUCAUCAUCAG